GGCUCCAGGCUGGGAGAAGUUGGAUCUGUGGGGACCUUGCGCUCCUACCCACAGUGGUGGCGAUGCUCCUAUUCUGUGCAAGCCCUGUGUUUGCCACUGCUGCUGUCACAGGGUUCCCUGCAGACUGCAGCCAUCUCCGCAAGACCAGCCCCAGUGGGGUGUACGUCAUCCAGCCAGCAGGGUCUCCCCCAAGGGUGGUGUGGUGCGACAUGGACACCGAAGGCAAAGGCUGGACUGUUGUCCAGAGAAACUCUCAUGACACUGAGAUCACAUGGAAGCAAUCCUGGACCACCUACAAAUACGGCUUUGGGAACGUGCAGGGUGAUCACUGGUUGGGCACCGAGUAUCUGCACCUGCUGACACAGCAGGGGACCUACAAGGUCCGCUUCAUCGUGCGGAAUAAAGCCAAUGUCACCCAUUAUGCUGAAUAUGACAUCUUCAGGGUGGAGAGUGAGGCUAGAGGGUACCCGCUGAGGCUGGGCCGGUUUUCUGGUGAUGGAGAUGACUAUCUGACCAGCUAUCACCCCAAGAAGGGGGGCAUACAUGACAACAUGAAGUUCAGCACAACUGACAAGGACCAGGACCAGUACAGUGGGAACUGCGCCAACAGCUACGGGGGCUGGUGGUAUGACAGGUGCCAGAACAUCCUGCUCAAUACCAAAAAACACAUCCUUUGGCCAGGAUUCUGCGAUAAUGUGAUUGCGCAUCAUCCCUCAUACUGGUCAAACCCACAGAUGUGUGCUGACCGUGCCGCAGCACCCAACCUCCCAGGAGUUUGUGGGAGUGCCACCAUCCCCACAAGGAGCACCCCGCUUCCCAGCCCAGUACUCACCCAUGGCGUCCGCACAGGAAUGGCCUCUGGUGCGCAAAGCUGUGGAGUGGCAGGUCUCACAGAGGCAUUUGUAGUGCCCUCUGCAGUGGGUGGGCUGGGUGAUGCCAGGAUUGACUCUUGGAGUACAACACUGGUGACUGGUGUCCAGCUGGACUUUGUGCCACUGAUCAGCACUCUCUGGGCCUGUCCGUGUCAAAAGCUUACUAAAAUUGAGAUCUCCUUCUUGUCUUUCAUGUGCCUGAAAAUGGUUUCCAGGAUUAGCUGCUUCAUCAUCGUCCCAGGGAUCAAGAUGAGUGACAUUUACUUUCCUCUAGUCUCCAGGCACUUCUCCCAGUUGCCAGGAAAGAUCAAAGAUUAUUGA